UUCUCCCAUCGUCCCUUUGGAACCGUUCCUCUUUUCUUAGAAUUCUCUUUUACCUCUCACGUCAAGGAAAGUUCGAUCUUCUUCUUCCCUUUCAUACAUUCUCAUUUGCCUCAACGGAUAAAUCCUUUUUUUUUUUCUUCCUUUUGGCCUCGUGCCCAACUCAGAAGGUUCUAAUACCUCUGCGGAUUUCCUCCACUCGUUGGAUUUUUUUUUUUUUAAUUUUUUAUAAUCAUUGAGGUAGACGGCCUUUCCCUGAUUCAUCUACUAGCUAAAUCCGAAGCACAGCUUAUGCACAGAUCAACUUAUUAUUGUACCUAAUUGCGCCAUAUUGCUAAUUAUCAAGGAAAGAGCUAAUAAAAUUCUCCACAAUGACUAUGGAAAAGGAUUUAUUUGAUGUAGCGGGACCGGUACAUCUUACCUCUAUAGAUUGGAAUUGCUUGCACCAUCGGAGAUCAGUCAUUGCAUGUUUGGUACAAGGUGCCUAUGUCUUAGAGCUUGAUAGGCAAUACGAUCGCAAAGACCAUGAUGCCAUUGCACCUCCUUGGUGGGAGUCAUUUGGUUUUGAACUAACCGGAACACUUAUUGAUGAUGUUGAUUCUUCAAUAUUUGGUGCCAUUUACAAAUAUAAACCUCCUGCCUCCAAAGAUUCCUCAGUCGAAGAUGCUCCUAAAUUUGUCAUCGCGUUCAGAGGUACAGUACGUCGGAAGGAAUCUUUAACUCGAGACAGCUUGUUAGACCUGAACAUCAUCAAAAAUGGCCUUCACAAGACAUCCCGUUACACAAUUGCUAUGCAAGCAGUACGAAAUGUAGUCUCUACUGCCAGGAGUUCCAAUAUAUGGUUAAGCGGCCACUCUCUGGGAUCUGCCAUUGCAAUACUAGUCGGCAAGAACAUGGCUAAGUUGGGGAUGCUUCUCGAAACCUUUCUUUUCAACCCACCCUUUGUCUCAGCUCCGAUUGAGAGCAUCAAAGACAAAACCAUAAAGCAGGGAAUCCGUAUCGCAGGCAGUUUGAUCACAGCUGGUCUUUCCAUCGCCUUGAAAGACAAACUCGAGGAAUCUUCGCCGAAAGACUCCUUCGCCAUUCUAGCAACAUGGAUGCCACAUCUCUUUGUGAAUCCAAGUGAUUAUAUCUGCUCUGAGUACAUCGGCUAUUUUGAGCACCGAACUUUCAUGAACAAGCUUGGAUAUGGGAAUAUUGAGAAGCUCGCGACUCAGAAUUCCAUCGGGUGCCUAUUCGUAAGAGCAUUUGGAAACGACUCUGACCCCUUACACCUGCUUCCAUCGGCAAAUCUAACGGUAAAUCUGAGUCAUUCCCCUGAUUUUACAACUGCUCAUGCUGUACACCAGUGGUGGCUGCCUGAUCAACAUUUGCAAUCCAAGCAACAUCAUUAUCUCGAGAUGCAUCGUUAGAAUUGUUCUUGUUCUUGUUCAAGACACCGAUGGAUCAUUCAUUCAUCACAACCAAUUGUUCUUGUUCUUGUUGUGAUAAAUGCCAAUUUGCUUAUGUAUUCAGUAAUCUAACUCUCUAAUUCGGUCUGUGAAUAUACUAAAUGCAUUUGUUGCUAUUAAAAGUGAGAAGAUCAAGUUGCAAUA